GUGGAACCGGCCACUAUGGCUGGGAUAUGGAUCUGCCUUCUAUUGCCAAUUUUUAGCUACUUUCAAGGAUGUCUCUCUGAGAGUGAAGAGGAGCGUUUGCUAAAUCACAUUUUUGGUGAGCGAGGCUACAGAAAGGAACUGCGGCCAGUGGAACAUACUGGUGAAACAGUGAAUGUUUCUUUGGCUCUGACACUCUCUAACCUGAUUUCCCUGAAAGAAGCUGAUGAAACCCUUACCACAAACGUUUGGGUAGAACUGGGCUGGUAUGACAAAAGGCUGGCAUGGGAUAUGGAAGAGUUUCAUCAUAUAAAUAUUAUUAGGGUUCCACCUGACAUGGUGUGGCAGCCUCAGCUCAUCCUGGAAAACAACAACAAUGGUGUCUUUGAGGUGGCUUAUUACAGCAACGUCCUGGUAAACAGUGAUGGCUUUAUGUAUUGGCUGCCCCCUGCUAUAUUCCAAACCUCAUGCUCUAUUAAUGUCAACUACUUUCCAUUUGACUGGCAGAACUGUUCUUUAAAGUUCAGCUCCUUGACUUACAAUGCAAAAGAAAUAAAUUUACAGCUCAGGCAGGACCAGGAUGAAGAGUCCCAAAGAAACUAUCCAGUGGAAUGGAUUAUUAUUGAUCCUGAAGGGUUCACAGAGAAUGGUGAAUGGGAGAUAGUCCAUAUUCCAGCCAAGAAGAAUAUUGACAGAAGUUUAACCCCUGAGAGCACCAAGUACCAGGACAUCACUUUCUACCUUAUAAUAAAGCGCAAACCCCUUUUCUAUAUAAUUAACAUUCUAGCUCCUUGUGUGCUCAUUGCACUAAUGGCUAAUCUGGUCUUCUAUCUACCAGCUGACAGUGGGGAGAAAAUGACCUUGGCGAUAUCUGUCCUUCUGGCUCAGUCUGUCUUCCUUUUGCUUAUCUCACAGCGUCUUCCAGAGACUUCUUUUGCCAUUCCACUCAUUAGCAAGUAUCUGAUGUUUAUCAUGGUCCUAGUGACAAUUGUGGUUGUAAGCUGCGUCAUUGUGUUGAACUUACACUUCAGGACACCCAGCACGCAUGUAAUAACUGAGCGGAUGAAAGAGAUCUUUCUUAACAAACUGCCCCGCAUUCUGCACAUGUCUCGGCCAGCAGAACCAGAGCCCGAGCCUUGGAGUGGAGUCCUUUUGAGGCGUAGUAGCUCUGUGGGGUACAUUGUAAAGGCAGAGGAAUAUUACAGUGUCAAGUCCAGGAGUGAACUCAUGUUUGAAAAGCAAUCGGAGCGCCACGGUUUAACUAGUCGAGCCACCCCUGCACGAGUCAAUCCAUUGAACUCAAACAACUCACAGGACCAACUUUAUGGAGAGAUAAAACCAGCUAUUGAUGGAGCAAAUUUUAUUGUCAAACACAUGAGGGACAAGAAUGAUUAUAAUGAGGAAAAGGAUAACUGGUAUCGCAUUGCUCGGACUGUUGACCGCUUGUGCCUCUUCCUUGUGACCCCUGUAAUGAUCAUUGGGACUCUGUGGAUAUUUUUGGGAGGUGCUUACAACCUACCUCCUUCCCUUCCAUUCCCUGGUGACCCCUUUGAUUACAAUAAAGAACACAAAAGACUGAUAUAGGUCCAGACAGUUACAGCAGCAAGACCAGAUCUUCAGGAAUAUGCAACAUAUUGAUAAAGGAUCAGACAAUCUUAGCGAGCAGGCAUCUUCAGGGCCAACCAGUUUGGAUAUUGGAGCAAAGGAUCAUAGCACCAGGGAAAGUGUUGUAAUACAAACUCAUAUAGUGCCAUUUUUGACACUGUGCAAUAUUUCUUCAGAACUAGCUUUAUAAAAUGUUGUUUUUGUAAAUUACAAAGUAUUGUAUAAAUCCAGUAAAUGGCAUAAAGGUAUUCAAAAA